AUGAAGGGUAGAAAGAUCGUAAUUUCAGGUGCAGGCCGCGGCCUUGGUCGUGCUUUGGCUAUCGUCGCUGCUUCUCAGGGAGCUACUCCAAUUUUGCUGGGGAGAUCCCAAAGCGCAUUACAAGAAGUCACUGAGACAAUCAAGAGCGACAGCGGUGCAACGGCGUACCCUAUUAUCUGCGAUCUUUCGGACCCUACUUCCGUGGCUAAAGCGACGAAAGAGAUAACUGAGUCUCAUCCCAAUAUCGAAAUCUUGGUCAACAAUGGAGCCCAUUUCACUGAAGGCAGCUUCGACAAGCAAACCGAUGAUCAGAUCCUGUCUGUCGUGAACUCAGCUGUCACUGGCACCAUGAUCUUGACACGACAGCUUCUGCCUCUGUUGAAACAACGACCUCGAGCAGACAUUCACAAUGUCGUGUCUAUGUCUGGCCUUCAGUACGCCAGACUCACCGGUGCUUCACUUCCUUUCAGAGCGGCAAAGGCUGCUCAGGAUGGCUUCACUCAGGGCUUGGUGGAGGAACUGAAAGGUACAUCGGUACGCGUUACUUCAGUUUACCCUGGAUUGAUUGAGGAUGUAUCGCCCACCAGCACCGAAUGGCAAAAUCAGCGUGGUUCUGAUGAGGGCAUAACAAACAAGAACGUCGUCGACACGAUUAUCUAUGCACUAUCGGCGCCCCCAAACAUGUCCUUACGCUCUAUCGUUAUCGAGCGGACUUUUUCAGACUUCCUGAUUUGA